CAAAGAUCCUUACAGGAUACAAAGUCGUUUACUAUCCUGCACGCGUGCAUAACCAGCCAUAGCAGCUGUCUUUCCGUAUCCAUCUCAUUGGCCGGAACCCAUCCCUAAACCCAGGGGCACGCGCUAAGGUCGCAUUUCGCCCUGACCUGAGAGCGGUCCUCCAAGAUCGUCGUUAACGCAAUGAAAUCCGUUAACGCAGCUUCCCUUUCCGGCAAAGCGCCGCGCACUCCUGUUCGGUCGUCACGACUCCCACUGUUUUCGAAUACGCGUGCGGCGCAUUCGCGGGACCGUCGCUUGACUGUACGCUUCUUUCGCGAGGGCCGCGACUCCCAAAAUCCCUCCGCGUCGUCACCGCCAGCGACUGCCCAUACCAAUGGCGUGCAGUCUGGAGUUCAUGUUCUGCAGACCGCCGCCCCCGCCCCUGCCGUCACCACCACCCCUCCCAACCGCGUGCCCUCAGCAGUCCCUCCUCCUCCCACUCCCGCACCCCAGCCGCCCGGGUUCCAUUCCCGGCGUCUGCUCGUGUUCAGUGGCCUGGUGCUGGGUUACGCUGCCUACUACCUGACGCGCAACUCCCUCACGUACAC